UUUCGAUUUAGUGAAUACAUAUGUUGCACAUAUUCGAAUCACAUGCGCAUAAAUUAAAUGCCACAUAAAAUGAGUGAAUUCCGUUUGUGUGCACAAAUAACAAAUCAAAUGCAUAAAUUAGCUAAAAUAAAUACCAAAACAAACGUGAUUUUCCUUUGAUUUAUAUAAAAACAACAACACUCAAAUCAAUUUCUGCAUAUCGUGUGGUAUGCGUGCAUUUUUAUAUGCUCGUCUGUUAAAUAGCCAAAAUGAACGAAUAAAAGUGUAAUAUAAAGAGGAAAAUGCAUAAUUUUUCUUAUUUUUAAUGUUCAGACCACAUGUGUGUUGUGGUUUUGAUCGAAGUUGAAACGAUUGUGAAAAGAAAAAAAGAAUGACAAAAAACAUAUUAAUUGUGUAAAUAACUGAUGAAUGAACAUCAAGCAAUUCAAGAAAUGGAAUGCUAUGCAUUAAAAGAGCAUAAAAGUGAAUAUAUAUAUAUACAUUUGAAGCGAUAGUAAAAAAAAGGCGAACAAAAUUUGAAACGGAAAAUAUCGUGAACAUAAACAAAGUGCUAAAGAGAGAACAAAAACGAAAGAAAUUCGCUAUGGUAUGGAUCACAAACAUCGAAAAUAUAUAUUGUGUACGAAAAAUUGAAUCUGGAAAAAUUUUCAAGCGUAUAAAUUAAGAGGAGGGUUCUUGAAAUCUAUAUAUAUAAAAGCAGCUAGUAAUAGCUAAAAUUGAAAAGAAUGCAAGAGAGCAUCCCAAUUGUAUUGUGUGUGUGUUUUUUUAAGGAAAAGAAUUAAACUUGAGGGCAAUAAACGUAUUGUGUGUGUGUGAGAGAUAUUGAGAUAGAGUGAGAGAGAGUGCAUAAUAUUCAUAAUCAUAAAAGUAUUGAUUGUAAUUAACCGCAUCCAAUCAGUAAGACGUGAAACUGAUCAUAAAAUCACCGACUCUGACAAUGCAGUCUUAAGCGCGAGCAUUCACGAUAGAGAGACAGAAAUAAAAAAAACAAGCGAAUGAACGAAAAAAAAGGAUUGAUUUAAAGAGGCAACCUACUAAAAUCCCGAAACAAAAGAAAUACAUGCAUGAGGCCCACUAAUAGCACUGAAGAACUGCAAGAAAAACAACCGGUUAAAAAUAAAUACACAACAUUAAAAGAAGCGCACCGACAUAGUUGAAAAAAAAAACAACAACCAAAACCAUAACUAAGAAGACACAAACGAACGGAAGAAAGCGUACCGAAAAGAAAUAAAAGAUUCGAAUACAACGGCUGAAGCGCGCUCGGGCAGUAAUAUACACAUAACACAGUGUACAGGAGAGAAGAACGAAGCAAGCAAAAAAAAAAACAUACAAGCAAUCAACAACCGAUUCUCACACACUCGGGGAUUACACUCUCGAGUUUGCAGAAAACAGAGACAGACCGACCGAACACACACACAAGAAAAAGAUAUAUACUUGGAAAAAGAAGCGACGCGCGAUCGAUCGACAGACUAUCCACCGACAGACAAGCGCUAAACAUAAAAGAAACAAACGCAAGAUACCAUUGAACAGCAACCACACAGCAAAUUUAACAGAAUAAAAAAAAGCACCAACAACAACAUAAGUAGAGAAAAAAAAAGAAGAAGAAAAGCAGCACUAACACAAAAAGUAAUAUGAUCAGCAACGAGAAAACUUAUUUGUUUUUGUUGGCAUUUAUGAUAUUUUCGUCGGCAUCGCUUUAUGCAAUCGAUGAUGGAUUUGACACCGGUACGAAAGUGGUGGUACAAACCGUUGAAGCCAUUGAAAGUGAGUAUAUUGUCUUAUCAUGCGGACGAACAACAAAGAUGUCUGUGAACAACAACGAUGUGAAGUGGUUUUUUAAUGAUAUUUUAGUGGCAAAUCAAUCAAAACGAAAAAUCGAAAUCAAUGGUGAUCUUCACAUAAAUUAUGUACAACGAAUGGAUAGUGGAUAUUAUCGUUGUGUAUGGAGUCAAGCUGGCGAACAUAAUCGACGCACUGAAAUCACAAAAAUCAUAAAACUGGAUACAAUUUGGUUAACAGCUGCUGAAGUAAUGUAUACAUCGUCAUCGCUUGAUGGGCAUAAAUUGUCGUCAUCAUUGUCAUCAGCAAUUAUACUAAAAUGUCACGUAAAUGCAAACCCCAUUGACGAGGUGCGAUGGUUUAAAAAUGGUAAACCAGUUAACUCGAUCGGUCCCUUGGUCAUUCGACAUCCAACACAAAAUAAUAAUGGCAAUUACAAAUGUAUGGCACGCAACAAAAUUGGAAUGGUAGUCAGCGAACCGUAUCGCCUUGAAAUUCAUGCAAAUAAUGCUCACAAUGCCAUACAUUAUGGGGUUUCUUGUGAACCAAAGAUCACGCGACGCAAUACAACCAACAGCAAUCAAUAUGAAAAAUCACUACUUUGUCGGUAUAAGCGUGGUGGUCGAUUGCAUCGCAAACGUUCGGCAUCGGAAGGUGGCGGAAGUCAAAUCGCAUCGUCGACAUCAAAACGGAAGAAAAUUAGCAUUGCCGAAGACAAUUCAGCAACGAUAAAUUGUGAUGUGAGUCGUUUAGAUCGCAAAGGAAAUCAGGUGUCGGUUAGAUGGAGAAAAGAUGGUAAAGUGUUGCGCCAAGCAAGUUUAAACGAACAAAGUUUAUCGCACACAAAUACAAUGGAAACACCUCUGUUAAGUCGCGUUAAUAUGGACUCGAAAAAUGGAUCGAUAACCAUUGCAAACACCAUACCAUCCGAUGCUGGUAUUUAUGAGUGCACCAUACUACGAAAUGGAAAUGCCGUACAAAGUGUCCAAACGACCGAAUUGAAUAUAAUUGAAAAGCUUAAAUUUACACCGCCACCAACGUCAAAGGGUUUGGAAAUUGGCAGCGUUGCUAAAAUUCAUUGUAAGGCUCAAGGAACGCCAACACCUCAGAUUCAAUGGACUAAAGAUUCAACCAACAAUUUACCCGAUUCCGUUGAGGACAUCAAUGGUACACUGAUUUUUAAAAAUGUGUCUGAGUCCAAUCGUGGCAAUUAUACGUGCCGCGCCGCCAGUAAUCAAGGUGAAAUAAGUGCAACUGUUAUAGUAACACCGGUUAUUGCGCCAAAGUUUCUUGUCAAACCGCAAGGUGCAAUUCAAGUAAAUGAAAUGGGCUCUGUAAUGAUUCAUUGUUCAGCGAUUGGUGAUCCAAAGCCAAAAAUUCAAUGGGAUAAGGAUUUCGAUUAUUUAAACAUCAGCAACUCGGAUGCAAGCCGCUUGAAUGUAUUGGAAAAUGGAACACUCUAUUUCACCGAAGUUCAUUUAGAGGAUGAAGGGCUCUAUGGAUGCACAAUCGGCAGUAGUGCUGGAUUGAAACGUGAGGAGGCACAUUUAAGCGUGAGACCUUCCGAAGAACAAAUCGCCGAUGAUGGACAAGAGGGAAGUUUUUUCGUUGUUCGAGCUGUCCUUAUCACAGUCACCGUUGUCUUUUCGUAUAUCAUUUUGGUGGUAGGUCUAAUGUUUUGGUGUCGUGUUAAACGUAAAGCACGUAAAAAUCGUAUGCAACUCAUUGCAAAAGAGAAUGUCGACACAUUAUCACGAAAUGAUACAAAGCCAACGGAACCAAAUGAUGAGAAUGAGCCAUGUUUAGCAGAGAGAAAUCACAAAAAGACUGAAAAAGGUUGGAAUGGAACGAGCAAUGGUGUCGGUGGUCAUAAUGAUGCCACUAAAACCGAUACAUCAAACGCAAACAACACAAAGCAACCGAGUAAAUCAAGUUUAGAACAAAUCACCAUACCUCGUGGUAUUCUAUUCGAUUUAACACAGAUUGGUCGCGGUGAAUUUGGCACCAUUCAUACGGCCAAAGUGAAAUUUUGUGAUUUAAAGCAGCAUUUGGAUAAGGAAACUGUUGCAACAUUAACGGUUGAAAAUGAACGUGAACACCAAAAAUCAAAUGGUACCAUUGAAAAUGCUGAUGAAAUUAAACAAGUUCCCGAACACACCGAUGACACUGUUAAUUAUGCAUUGAUCAAAGCGCUCAAUAAAGUCAAAGAUGAAAAUGUAUGCAUUGAAUUCCGUCGUCAAUUGGACCUAUUCCGAGCCGUUUCACAUAAUAAUGUUGUAAAAUUGUUUGGUUUGUGCCGUGAUAAAAAUCCACAUUAUUUGGUUCUUGAGCACACUGAUCUUGGCGAUUUAAAGGAAUUCCUCAGUGCACGUGUCGAUCAAUUGUCUGAUCUAACAUCGAAAAAUGGUAUCGUUCCGAAAAUAAAUAACGCCGAUAAAUGCAAAAUAGCAACAAUAAAAUUGCCACAAUUGCUAUUGAUUGCACAGCAAAUUGCACGUGGUAUGGAUGCAAUAUAUCGUGCACGAUAUAUUCAUCGUGAUUUGGCCGCCCGAAAUUGUGUUAUCACAUCCGAUUUAACCGUCAAAGUAUCGUAUCCAGCCAAUAUUAAAGAUAAAUAUGCUCGUGAAUAUUAUAAAUUAAAAAGUAGCAUGGUUCCGUUACGUUGGAUGGCCCCCGAAUGCAUUGAGGAUGAUGAUAAUACCAUCAAAAGUGAUGUCUACUCGUUUGGCGUUCUCAUUUUGGAGUUGUUCACAUUUUGUUCAGAAUUACCACUUGCACAGGUGUCCGAUGAUGAUUAUUUUAAACAACUUCAAACCAAUUCAAUUGAACGCAAAUUGCCCGAUUUUCUGCCAGACGAUUUAUCCAACACACUGUCCUCGUGUUGGAAAACAAAUCAAAAGGAGCGUCCGUCGUUCAGUACUCUGAAUACAUCGAUCUCGAAAUAUCUACAGCAAAUUGACGCAAAUGAUCAAGCUCACACAUAGAUCACAUAUUGUGACAGGACAAAUUCUUCAAAAAAUUACUCUUCCAAAUAGAAACGAAAAAUUUAGUUCAUAGUUUAUUUCAUUUAAAAAUUAAAAAGCAAUAGUUACAGACAACGAAGGAAUCAAUGCAUUCGAAAUGUUCGAUGAAAUCGAUAAAAUUCUUAACCAACACUGCAGCAUUGAAGCUAUCAAGCCAUAAUUAUUUUUAAUAUAGUUAUUGCAUUUGGUUUCUCACCGCAUCUUAAUUUCUUUUUUAAAUGUGUUUUCCAUUUCCAUUGCGUGAGUUUAAUUAAAUAUUUUUUUGUAGGUAUUACAUUGGAUGUUUAUGUAUUUUCUUGAUUAACAAGAAGAAUAAGAAGAUGAAACAAUUAGAGAGCAUAAUUAGCAUUAUCUCCCUAACUAUUGUAGUUGAAUUUUAAACAUUUUAAGUAUGAUGAAAAUAGACACUGUGACUCACUUAUGUUGAGUUCCGAUGUUUCCAAACAACAAUAAUAAUAUUAAUAACAUAAUUGUAUUCACACACAAAAAAGGUCUUCUCUCAUGUCCGUUGGUCUUUUGCCAAAAACAUUAUUAUUGAAAUGUGUAUAAAAAAAUCAUCCGGAGUGAGAUUUUUUUGUUUUCUUUUCCUUCAAUUUGGACACAUCUAGUUAUCGCAUUAGUUAUUGUCUCUAGUCUAAAUGCAAA